GACUUUGAUUAUGUUUUGAAAUAAUUAAUAUCAUUCAAGAUUGACAUGGUCAAGAAUAAAAAUAUUUGAAAUGUCCACAGUUACUUUACACGUUGGUCAGUGUGGUAACCAAGUAGGAAAGUCAUUUCUGAAGAAUUUAAUAGACACUGAAGAGGUCAAAGAAAGUUUAACUUACAUUGAUAACAGUGGAAAAUUGAGAUCAGUUCAUGUUGAUAGUGAACCAAAAGUUGUUCAUAAACUUCAAAAGUCUUUAUCACAAGUACGAGAGAAGAAUAUAAUAUGUGGCAAGAGAGGAAGGGGAACAAAUUGGGCUUUAGGUUAUUAUGGAUUAAAGUCUGAGACAGAAAAUAACCUUGUAGAAGAUACAACUGAAGCUUUGAGAAAAGAAAUUGAAAGAUGUGACAGUUAUUGUGGUGUUGUUCUAAUGCACAGUUUAAGUGGAGGUACUGGAUCAGGAUUAGGAUCAAGACUAUGUGAAGUAAUCCGAGAUGACUAUCCUAUGAAUUAUCUGUUAUCUUGUACAUUUGCACCAUUUUCUAGUGGUGAAAGUCCACUACAGCAUUAUAAUAGUUUGUUAACAUUAUCAGCCUUGCAAAGAUACAGUGAUGGUAUUAUAUUAACAUAUAAUGAUGAGAUUCUGUAUCGUCUACAGAAACAGGCAUCUGAUAAUAUUGUUUCCAUGGAGAAUAUCAACCAACAGACCAGUAAAAACUUGUGUGGCGUAUUUUUACCAACAGAUACUCUCAGACCUCAAAGUGGAUUAACUAUCGGCAGUGAACCUUGGGAAUUAUUGAGAUCAACUUGUCCAAUGCCAUCAACCAAGUUUAUACAUAUAAAUCAUAAAGCCAAAAGCAAAGUGUCAUGGGAGAAUCUGAUUGGUUUAUCUUUACAGAAUUUAACUAAGCACAACAAACAAGGUGAACCUUUUGGUUGUUUGUCAGGUGUGGCUAUUGGUCGAGGGGAUCAAUCAGGAUUGUUUCAUCAAGCAUUAGAGAAAGGUUUUAGUCAGAGAAUUAGAACAAGUUACAAUUGUGUCAAAUGGAACCCCUUCCCUCUAGACACUUGGUCAGCUAAACAGAAAAUUGUACAAGGAAAGGAGAAUUUUUCAUCUAUUACAAUAGCAGCUAAUUACAGUAAUAUUGUAGAGUAUUUAUCAACAGUCCGAUAUAAAGCUAAACUUAUGUAUGAUAAUCAAGCCUAUCUACAUUGGUAUUGGAGAUAUGGUGCCACUCAGGAUCUAUUUGAAGAAGCUUUCAAUACAGUUGAUGGGAUCAUAGAGGAUUAUAAAGCUGCUGUUAGCUGAUACGGUACCAGAAAAUCACAUGGAUAUGAAAAUAUAAAAUCACAAUAUCCCAGGAUAGCUGUGGGAUUACUCCCUGAUUUAAAUUCCCUGUUCUUUAAUUAAAGUUAUGGGAGAUUAAAGAAAGAGUUGGCAUUUUUCACUAUAAUAGUUAAAAACCAGAUAUUGUAAAGGGAAUUUGCUGAAAAUUUCAGUCAAAUUGAUCCACUCUGAAUCAAGAAUUUAGCGAUUGAAUUUUCGGCCUAGCCUUGAUCAUCAUUACUAAAGUCGGUACGAUAAAAAACAUAGUCUCAAUUAUCCAUUUCAUGAUUAAAUCAUGAAUGAAAGUUGAGCAGCAGAUCGGAAUCCAGUAACAUUGAGAAUUGAUUAUGGUCUGGAUGAGUUAAUUAAUGUCUAAUUAAUAAUUUAGAUAACAUUUCAGGCGUAAAUCAGACCUGCAAUAGGCAGAUUUAGCCCUUGCAUAAUGUAUGUUUAACUUAACUUAUAAUGAUCUCAUUUGAACUAAAAUCCUAGCAUAAUCAGCCAAUGAAAAGUCAGCAGUAUUAUAAUUUUGUUAGUUAAUUAAAUUGCUUAGAAAUAUGAAAUGAAAAUGAAAAAUAAAUGAAAAGGGGUUUAAUGUCCUACUGUUCUGCUCCAACUGGGCUAAUGAAGAUGGGCAUACGUCAUACAGUGUGCUCUGAGGGAAAUUUUGCCCGGACAGCACCGCUAUGGCCUACUCUUAUAUCGAAUUCCAACUGCCAAGGGAUCCUUUACGUGCACGCCAUUGUGUACACAGGACCACAGUUUUUUGUCCCAUCCGAACGAUUAGACCGCUGUCCUUGUCAGGCCCUCCGUCCUGCACCAUUGACAAGGGAAACCAUGCUAAAAACUUAGAAAUAUGAAACAGGUAGAUAAAAUUCUGAACAACAGUGUAUCCCUUCUUGUGAACAUUUUGACUACACAAUGUUAUUAUUUGAUGUGUUUGGAAUUUAUGUGGGUUGUUUAAAUAAGUUUAUAAAUCCUGUUGAAUUUCAACAGUGCCUGUUAAGUUCUAGAGUUAUGGCCCAUGUAAAAUCUUGUGAAUGCCCUUGAAACAAAUGUAAUCCAAUCUGCUUGGAAUUUAUGUGAAUUAUUCAGGUUGAAAUGAAGAAUCCUAUUGAAAUUCAUAACUCCUUCUGUCCAGUUAAUGAAAAUUGUCCGAUUUUAUUGAAAUUUAUAUGCAUUGUUCAUUCAUACUGGUGAAACAAUUUCUGAUAAUUACUUAAAAAGUUAUUGCCCCGGAUAAUGUUAUAGAACCUUGUCAAUGUGCCAAUAAUGUUAUACAGUAUAAUGAUUCUGCUUUUUAUUUACUUAAGAUUCACAACAUGACAACCUUUUGGGGACUCGAUGGAGGACUUAGCUGCAGUGGGAUUGUGUUUCACUUACAUACUUUCUACCUUGUACAACCCAAACUACAGAUUGUUUCGUCUUUAUUUAACAUCUGGGGGAACUGUCAAUCACUGUUUAUAGACAAAAGUGGUGUGUUUUCAACAAUCUUUUAACUCUUUAGUUCAAUAAAGGUGGAAUCCCAAUUUUUUGGUGUAUAGUUCUAUUAAGUCCAUACAUGCAGAGUGAUAAGCAGUUUGUUUUAGAUGCUUUAUAAAAAGAUAAUUAUACAAGUAAUUAUAAUGAGUCAGACUGUCAUCUAAUUAUUUUUGGAUUGAGGCAAGGGACAUUAGCAUGUAUUAUUCCUUUUAUGGAAAAAACAUCUUGCUUAAACUUCAGGAAUAACAGCUUAAUGACAUAUAAAUGUUGCUUAAAGGGACUAUCCCGAUUUCAAAAGAGUCUCAAAAAUAAAAGUCGGAGUACGUAUGAAAUUUAAGCGCCAAAAUAUAGAGGAAUGGUGUAUUUACCUUCUCUCAAAAUUCCAGCUCAAAAUAUUAAGUCGUUUGGACAUGAACGUCAAAACUGCUUAUCCGGACACGUAACCCUUUUAAGAUUUCGGGUCAGUUUUUUCGUUGGGUGACCUGAUAAUCGAUUCCCGUUCCUUGAGAGGUCUAUAUAGUGAAUGACCCGUGUGCUCUACUUGAUAAUGAAAGGUAAAUUUCACCUACACAUUAUUAUUAUAAAAUAAAAGUCUAGUUUUAUGCACACACCGCAUAAUACAGCUUGGGACACCGGUCUCCAUUUCCAGAUGAAGACUGACGGGUUUAAGUUGUUUGAAAACGUAUCACAAAUAUGGAGUUAGUUGCUCGGCCCUUAGCUAGAGGAAUUUAAGGGAUUUUAACACAAAAUUAAGCAUUUUUAUUCUCAAAAAAAUAUCGGGAUUCGCCCUUUAAGGCAUUUGUCACAUCCAGAUUAUAUUUAUACAUGUAAUAUUGAUUGUAAGAAUGGGUGAUUGAUAGUUGAGUGUGAUAAUAAUACAAAUAUAGGUUUUAUGCAAAUUACCCACAAAGUGAUUCUUCAUUGUGGCUGUUGUCUUUGGAUUAGAGAUUGCCUUUAAAACAGUUGAAAUAACUAGGCAUGUACUGUAGUAAUUUGUACAUGUAGACCUAGUUAAUAAAACAUGACUCUAUAAUACAUUUUAAUUUAGGAUUUUAUUAUUGUUAAUGAUAUUUAUUUAUUUCUGUAUUUUAUUUUUAUAAAUAAAUCAUCUAA